UAAAUUCCAAUUUCAAUCCAAUUGAGUCCCAAAAAAAGAAGAAAAAAGGUCGCUGGGGAUAUCUGGAGCUGGAUUGACACUCAUAACCAUGAUUAUAAGAGAAUUCGGUACUCGCCAAGCCCGAAAGGCCUUGGCAAAACCUCUUCACCAAGCUUGUCUUCGCGCCUUAUCCACACAACCGACGACACCAGACGCAGCCGACGUCUCAGAUGCGGCCCUCCAGUCCUCCAAUGCCCAGCCACAGCCACCUUCCAUCUUCACCGCCAAUGCCCGCGCCCCCAGCCGUCGCAAGAAGCCUGCUGCCCCCGACACCACUGUCGCCGACUACCAACUAGCUAGGGAUUUAAAGAAACAGAUUGGCCGACUGGGUUCUAAUGUACAGCGCACAUACCGCCCCUCCGAUGUCUUCCACAACCCUCCCGGCCCCAAAGAUGUCACCCUCGAGCUCCUCAUGGCGUCCCAGGCGCACAUGGGCCACCAUGCCUCGCUGUGGAACCCGGCCAAUGCGCGGUACAUCUACGGCAUUCGGCAAGGCAUCCACAUCAUCUCGCUCGAGCAGACGGCCGCGCAUUUGCGGCGCGCCGCCCGUGUGGUUGAGGAGGUAGCAUAUCGCGGGGGCCUGAUUCUGUUCGUCGGAACGCGGCCGGGACAGACACAGAUCGUGACGCAGGCGGCGCGGCUGGCCAGGGGAUGUCAUUUAUUCACCAAGUGGACGCCCGGAUCCAUUACCAACAGCGAGGUCAUCCUGGCGGGCAUGCCCAUGACAAUGUUGGAUGAGAACGAUCAGCCCGUCGAGGGCUACGAACGCCACCUUAUGGAGCGACGGCCGCUGGUCCCGGAUCUGGUUGUGUGCUUGAAUCCUAUGGAGAACUAUGUGCUGCUGCAUGAGUGCUCGCUGGUUAAUGUGCCGACGAUCGCUGUCAUCGACACAAAUGCGGAGCCCUCGUGGGUUACAUAUGCCAUCCCGGCGAACGAUGACAGUCCCCGCUGUCUCGCCGUAAUCGGUAGCGUCCUCGGACGCGCAGGCCAGCAAGGCCAUCAGCGCCGCAUCAACGACGCCAAAGAGGGCAACGUAGCCUGGAACACGCCCCUCGACGUCGUCCGCUUCAUCACCCUCCAGCGGCAAAACGCCAUGAGAGAAGCCGAGCGGGAAGCGGCCAGCAGACAAGACUGGAGCCAUAGCCCCCCGACUUUCAAACGGGACAAUAGUAACCCUGCGGAGCCAACGGUCGGGAUGGAUGCCGGGUUCCAGAAUAGCUCGAGGGACGGCGUGAGGUCGGGGCUGGACUUGGAAUAGGCAGGGAGGGGUAUGAUGAGCAUAGAUGAAUACCAAGGACUUGAGGGGGCAAGUCUCGGUACCCUACAUGGGUAUCUAGGUAGGCAUGCCGUAGGGAAUACUCCGGUUUCACUUAGGGUUAGCAUCUUACUUCCCAUGUGCAAACCGAUGCGUUGAAAUAUGCAAUCAAUAUACUUGUGUAUAUGUAUAAAUACCUCCCAUGGAAGAUAAUACAUAUGAAUCUUCCUUUAACGAAAUCUACAUCUCGUCCUGAUUCCUUUUUUUUUUUUUUUUUUUUUUUU